AUGUCGACCGCCGCGAAUGCGCCGCCCGGUGCGGUGCCAACCACUGGCUCCGGUGACCUCUUCACCAACAGCCCACUGCACGCUCAUCCUGCUCCAUUGCGAUAUGCCGCAUUCGAUGCCGAACAGUACUCCCUCCUGUCAACGACCUCGCCGUCCACCGCACGACGCGCCCUCGAAGCCCACCUCAAGGAUACAAACCGCCGCUUACAGGAUGCCUCUAGGCUGGGCAAUACACUGGUACAGCAGCGCAAAGAUCUGGAGGCCAGAUUGAAAGAGGUUGAAGAGAUACAGCAGGAAGAUGAGGUGCCAGAAGAUCUACGAGAGAGGCUAUCUGAGCUGGAGCGCGAGUACAACGAGGUUGGGCGCGAGUCUGCGCGUGCGUUCUUGCCGCGAUCACGGGUGGUCAGCAAUGAUAAUAGUCACGAGUCCGGUCCGGGACCCGCAAUGAUAUCUGGAUCCGGUAGAGAAUCUCCCACAAAAAUCACUGCGCCAUCGAGGAGACAACGGAAUCAACCGAACAACCGGGUCCACGACAUUGAGUUCGCAACCGAGAUCAGUACCUCGCUACUUGCCCAGGUCAGGCAACUACAGGCCGCUCUGGUGGAAAAGGACGAAGAGCUUCGAGAUACCACCGCUGCCAAGGCUCACCUCGAAUCCGAAGCCGCGGGUCUGGUACAGCGCAUCCGCCACAUGGACGACAAUGAGCAGAAAUACAAGGAUGAGAACUGGAAUCUGGAGACACGGCUGCAGGAGAUGGAGGCCAAUCUCAAGCAGAGCAUGGACAAGGAGAAUCGGCUGGCGCAGAGCCUCAAAUCCACGGAGCGGGAGAAGGCGUCCAAGGAACGCGAGCUGGAUGACCUCAAGGUCUCGCACAACAAGCUUUCAGAAGAUCAUGCCAUGUCGAAGAAGGUCCAGGAAGCCGACAUGCACGGGCUAAGGCGAGACGUUGCUUCGCAUGAGAGUGAAAAGUCCAAAAUGCAGAAGAAGAUUGAAGAGUUGACCGCUCAGAACACCGAACUCGCGAGAGCGGUUUCGUAUCGCUUCAAUCAGGCGGCUCAGCCUGCAGACUCCGACUUUGUCUCGGCAGAGGAAGGUGCGCAGUCCGAUGACCAGAGUCCCAUCCAGAGCGAGCCGGCAUCUCCCAUCAAGGGCACCCCAGCUCGUCAUGGCAUGCUCGAGACUGAGACGCUCAAGUCAAGUCUCAAUCACGCGCACCGCAUGAUCCAGAAUCUCAAGAACACCAUUCACCGGGAGAAGACCGAAAAGAUUGAGCUCAAGCGCAUGCUGCAGGAUGCACGUGAUGAGGUCGAGACCCGUCGGGACAGUGUCGGUGUUUCCGCAAACGUUGCCAAGAAGCGCAGGAGCGAGCCUGAGGGCGUCAAGUUCAAGAGGCCGUCCACUCACAGGCUCGGCGCACCUCGAUCUAGCACGACUGAGAUCCUGGAAGACGAGCCGGACUGGGAGGACCAAGAGGUCGAGCAGACGCCCAGCAAGCCACGCUCUUUCGGUACUGCUGCAGGCGCUGCGGCGGCGGGUGCCGUAGCUGGUGCAGCGUUCGAAAGCGGCAGAUUCGACGAAGAUACCACUGAUGCCUUCGAAACGGCCAACGAACGAGACACGACCACCGAAAGCGAGGCUUUUGCCACAGGUAAUGAGGGCGUGGGUGACGACACUGAAGGAGACCUGACGGAAACCGAAGGUGGCAACAACCGCAUUUUGCGUUCAGUUGGCAGUAUCUCUCGGUCCAUUCGAACCAUCUCGAGCCAGCCGGGAAACCGGGGAUCCUACAUGUCGACAGCUUCGAAUUCUGGGGACGACGACGAUGAAGAUGUCAUUCGCACCCCGGUCCACCAUGCCAAUCAGCCCAAGUACAAACUUCGAAUCGGACGUAGUGGCAGGCGUUCUGGUCGUGUGAGCGACAUCGUCUCCGACUCUCCAGGUCAUGCACUCAAUCACAGUCCGUCGUCCAGCACCGGCACCCCACAGCCUGCGCCCAUGCAAAGUCUGGGGGAUGAACUUGAUGCACUUGACGAGGGAAGCAUGGAGGGAACUCCCGAGUCAAGGCGCGCGAUAGACGAUGAGUCGCGCGAGGGCACCCCCGCAACGCAACGGCAAUUAAGCGUCGAGCCGGAUUCGCCUGCAUCACUCCGCAAACACCUAUCGAACGAAACCCAGAUUUCGGCUCCUUCCGCAGCUUCGAGAGAUGCAAACUCAACAGGGGAUGCUGGUGCUGCUCAUCGGCCUGCCAUGGUCGAACUGGGAUCGAUGACUGAGCCCUGGCAGCCAGAACCGAUCGUUCAUGAACGUAUCAUUGAGGUGCCCGUGGAAAAAAUUGUCGAGAAGCCGGUCGACAGAAUGGUUGAGGUGCCCGUUGAGAAGAUCGUCGAGAAGGUCGUCGAAGUUCCAGUGGAGAAGAUCGUGGAAGUUCCUGUCGAGAAGAUUGUCGAGAAGAUUGUCGAGGUUCCCGUCGAGAGGAUCGUCGAGAUUCCUGUUGAGAGAAUUGUCGAGGUGCCUGUGGAGAGGAUUGUCGAGUUGCCUGUCGAGAAGAUCGUCGAGAAGACGGUCGAGGUGCCGGUCGAGAGAAUCGUCGAGGUGCCUGUCGAGAAGAUCGUCGAGAAGACGGUUGAAGUGCCAGUCGAGAAGGUCGUCGAAAAGAUCGUCGAGGUCCCGGUCGAGAGGGUUGUCGAAAAGAUCGUCGAGGUCUCGGUCGAGAGGGUCGUCGAAAAAAUCGUCGAGGUCCCGGUCGAAAAGGUCGUCGAAAAGAUUGUCGAGGUCCCGGUCGAGAAAAUCGUGGAAAAGAUUGUCGAGGUGCCUGUGGAGAAGAUUGUUGAGGUUCCAGUGGAGAAGCACGACAUCAAAGAUGCCGCUGGCGGACUGGUUGGAGGUGCGCUCGCUGGCUUUGGUGUCAGCAGAGCGCUGGAUCGCAAGAACACUCCUCUCGACACUGGUCACAGGCAGGCCGACGGUGGGGUACCAGACACUGAUACGCCUCUGCCGCAGUCACAGAUGACAUCGGAAGAGACUCGGUCCAUUUCACCGUCGAAGACAACCUAUGCCGAAAGGGGCUCAGAUCCGAAGACAUCAGUGCGCGCCAACUCCCGCGGCGGCCUUCAACGACUGACCGACUCAGUGCCCAACCCCGUACCCGUCAAUUUCUCCUUCUCCGAGGUCGUCGCGCUGGAUAUCAAGCCCGCCUCACCCGAGGAUGUCAUGGCACCACUGGUCCCUCGCAAGAGCUCCAAACGGCCAGAUCAGAUGUACUCCAUGGGCAACUUCGCUGAGUCGAAGUCGUCUCUUAAAGAAAUCAGCGAGCAACGGGAAUUUCCAGGCACAGGCUCCUCCCGAAUUGGUGCUGGAUUGUUUGCCGGUGCGAUUGCCCCCACUCUGGUCAGGAAGCGGUCAAAGUCGAUGCCAUCUACACAGCGUAACGUGCGCUUCGCUGAGGAUCCCGUCACCAAAUACAGUGACGGCUUCGAUGCGGAUCAUUCCGCAGCUAACAGAUACAGCGAUCUUUCUUUUGUCGAUAGUCAGGCCCAAGAUGGACUGUCUGUGGAUCCUGCUGCUUUCCCACGACCGCCACUCAUGGACGUCGCGCCUAACAUGGUACAGCAGAGGAAAUCCAUGGCAGAUGGAGGUGCGCAGACUAUUGUGUCUGGCAAGGAGAUUGACAGCAUGUUCCGAAACAAGAACGCAGUCGAGACCACCGCUUCGUCUGUGAGGGACGCUGGCAACUCACCAAUGACUCCUGUCAAAAAUGCUGCAGCGAGUGGUAUCGCCACCGCCGCUGCAGUUGGCGCCGCUUUGCAAUACAAUCAGGAGAAGCUGGCAGUCGAUACCAGACCAUCGCUCUUUGAAUCACCUACCCUCAAAGGACCGCGUCGGCAGGGCAGUUCCGGCAGCAUGCGCAACAAGGCCGCAUUUGGCGCACCCCCUCUGCCUGUCGAUCACGAGAAGAAGAUAGCAGCUGCACAGCAAGCGCCAGGUACGCCCACGGGACAAUCAUCAGCUGGGAUUAUGGGUCCACCUUUGAUGCCCGCUUCUGCGUACAAGCCAAGACCCAACACUCCAGGAGGACGUCAAGGCUCUCGUGACGGAACAACACCACGCCCUGUACGAACAAGAGAGAGCCGCGGACAGAUGGCUUCUGAUAAGAUGUCGCAUCGGACUUCCGUAUCGUCGUUUGCCUCGGAGCUGGACGAGCGCUUCAACAUUACCCGCGGCCAGAUCUUGUAUCCAACCGACGUUGAACCCGCCACCGACCCACGCAUGAUCCAAGCCAUCACGCAAACCAUGAUCGGCGAGUAUCUAUGGAAGUAUACCCGCAAAGCUGGACGGAGUGAGACGUCGUCCACUCGGCACAGGCGGUUCUUUUGGGUACAUCCAUAUACGAGAACUCUUUACUGGAGUGAGCAAGAUCCCAGCACGGCCGGCAAGCAAAUGCUCAAAGCAAAGAGUGUUGCUAUCGAAGCAGUCAGAGUCAUCACUGACGACAAUGCCUUCCCGCCUGGCCUGCACAGGAAGUCGCUGGUCGUAGUCACCCCUGGUCGAGAGAUCGUCUUCACGGCACCUACCGGUCAACGACACGAGACGUGGUUCAACGCCCUGUCUUAUCUGCUUUUGAGAACCGAAAGAGAGAAGUCUGAGGCUGGCGACAACUUUAACCAGAGCGACAUUGAGGAGUUCAACCCUUCAUUUGGGCGCAGCGUGCGAAAAAGCGUGGCCAAGGUGACGGGCACAGGGCGUAGCCAGAGCCGUCAGAGUCGAACAAGCUUGAGCAGCUACAAUAGCCGAACGACCAGGAACACAAGUCUUGUUCGACAAGACCCAGACAGGACACUCACGAAUCGGCAUGACGCGGGUACCGUCAAGCAGAAGAGCAGUCUGCAGCCUCCUGCCGCAGACCAGGGCUUAUCCGCGACUGUCACCAACACAUCUCGCCAAUCAUCAGGAAGUAUGGCUGGGCGCAUCACGAGCAGCAUAACGAGCCGGUUCACGAGGCCGUCGAGCAGUCACCGUGCCAAGUCCAGUGCCUCUGUGCGGCGUCCCGAUGAUCCGGCGAGUAUCUAUGACGCCGGUGUCGCUACCGACAGUGCCGAGGAGCUGAGAACUGUGAUUGAGCAGCAAGAACGGGAGGCUGAUCGGCUGGAGAACGUGAGGGCUUGCUGCGAUGGUAAGUCGAUAGAACAUGCUUCGGCAAGACGUAUGACUAACUUCUUGCAGGUAAGCACGACGUAGGCUCGCUCUCACGAGCCGGGCGACACUCGAGCAUGGGCAAUCGAUUUGGCAGUCAUGGUCAAUCCCACGGACAUUCGCAUAAGCAUUGA